CGGCACGUUUGCUGUAGAUAGACUCUCCACUCAUCGUGAGAGUCGAGAAUUGGUUCACUGAUGCAGGGUCUUUUCGGAGCGAGGCAGAAGCAUGUCAGAAGAGUGUCCAAGCAGCCGGUCUUUUUACUAGUAGCCCUAGUAACCCCUCAAGCCCAAGGAAGUUGGUGGCUAUCCACUUACAGCACUGAGGCCGUCAUCGAAGUGGCGGUUAACGUUGACCUCUCGCUGCCAUCCAUGCCUCAUAUUAAUGGCAACCUCGAGCUUAACCAGGAGCUUCUUCGUACUCCCUCAACCUCCUGUGGCCCUGGCGCUGUCACCGAUACAACCUACCACGUUUCUACAGCCUCAUACUCGAAGGGCGGCGUCCCCCGGCACGCCAACACAGACCCCUCCUCACCCUUUCAUAAAUAUGGCGCUUCCCGCACUCAACCAUGACCUUUCUUGUGCUCUCGCUAACCUGACGCUUCUGCCACCACUUACCACGAUCUCUCGCUGCUCACUUCGACCUCCCCCACCUUCCUGUCAUCGCGCAGCCGUCUAGUACUU